CCCACUUGGCGCAGGCACAAUGCAACGAGGAGCCUCACCUACCAAGGGCUGGAUCUGAAUGUUUCGGCCUGAGCGCUGCACGGAACAUGAGGAGGAGCAUUCUUUUUCCUUUCUGUCUCUAGACCGGAAUUUCGGCGACUGCGCCGCUGUAUGAUUACUAAGAUGUAUGCAAAGUCUUGGGGCGGAUAUUUUUCUAUUUCUUCUUCUUUUCGAUUUUUUCUUCAUCUCUCUAUCUCUCGCACAAAUUUUCCAGGAAGAGAAGGUCGGGUCCGGAAGGGGGGUUCGCCGUGCCUCUUGGUAUUGCCUUGGGCCUGACUCCACAGGCGUUACGGGUUCGGUUUCAUGUGGAAACCCAUGUUCAUACCUCCGCGACACACGGGCGUCUCGCACAGGCCAUGUUGCGUCACUGCACUGCCUGGGGCAUUGUAUCACGGCUCUGGAUUCUUACACUUGGGCGCUCUCUCCCUCUGGCGGGUAUAGAAGCUUGGGCUCCCUUACUACUACUCCUCAUUACGUCGGCUCACGAUACGAUCAUUCCUUUACGAUAUCGACAUCUUGUUUUUUUUUCUACACACACCUGGUGCUGCGCACUAUGAUCCAAACUCCUCCCUAUUUCAUCCCCUAUGGAUUGGCACAGUACAUCCACUCGUUUUGUUUUCUGUUUUCCGCGCAAUCACCAGCUGAGUCUUGAGCGAGUCCUCCCUUCCUCCUAACCCCCUAAAUCCUAUCUUACUUUUCUCC